AGGCUGCAGCUGAUGGAGUAGGUGGGAGCGCACUGAUGACCACACACGCGGGCAUCGGAAAAGCGCUCUUGUGCGUCGCUAAUCCACUGUGACGUCACGUUGCGGGAGGAGGGGCCGGUCUUAAUCCGAGCAAGUUGUCUGGAGGGACGAGCCGAGCCAAACCGGGCCAAGCCAGGCGAGCAGGCACGGGGACGAGGACGAUGUUCACUGCAGCAGUCGGAUCCGGCCCAGUCCUUCUCUGACACACAGACUGUGCUAUGCUUUGGGUUUCCUUGGAAACAACAGGAGCAUGUGCUGAAAAUCCUUUGAUCCCGCUCCAGCCAUGAGCCACAAGUAUCAGGCAGAAGGUGUGGGGGGAACAGAGGAGAGAGAGGAGCACAAGGGCCCUUUGAGGAGCAGGCAGCCCAAUGGGAUGACCCAUGAGGAACCUCCUGUACGCCGGUCCUGGCGACCUUGUCAGAUGCUCAACCAGGAUGGGGACCCGAAUCCUCAGGCGCAUCAUCACCAUCACCAUCGCCAUCAACACCACCACCACCAUCCUCCCACAGGACGCGGACCCCCUCGUUACUCUCGGCGACCUCCAUCGGGGCAGGGCCGUGGUCAAGGCCAGGCUCGAAGUCCUGGUCUGGGCCCAGCGAUGGUGUCAGCGAAGCAGGAUGAAGGUGAGAAACGAGACACCGAGAGUCGCUCUGUCCAACCAAUGCGUCCUGCUGUCACAUGCUACCGCCGCCAUGGUGACCCCAACCCUAGACACAGAGGACACAGACAGAGGCAGCCAGUCAGAAAGGUGCAGGACUCAUCGCUAGCUGUGGAUCAGCGUGAACAUGAAGCACAGGCACAGUCCCAUCAAUGCUCACAAGGGGAUCCUUCAAUGGACCAAUCGCAGGACUUUCCACAUCAGACUCCCGUUGCUGUUGUCACCCCCAACCACCUCUCACAUGGUCCUUCAGCAGAAAACCAACUUCUCAGCCAACAUACCCCGUCUGUAGCAGACGAGGAUCUGCAGGAGCGUAAAGUGGAGUGUAACGAGAAGUUGCAGAAAGUCAAGGAGAAUGAAAAUGAACAAGAAAUGGAUUGUUCAACCACAGGUCGCUCCAGCUGCAGCCUGGAAGACCUGCAGAAUGAAGGAGGGACAAGUGCAGAGAGGGUGGAGGGCGACCAGGAAGACAUGAGGAACAAUGUAGAGGAAGACAUGGCAGCUCAGGGAACAGAGGUCACAGAUCUGUGCUCUGACACGGAGAGUGCCGCCUCGCUCAGCAUGGACGGGCCGCUCCACAGCCCACCACCGCUCCAGUCACCGACUCCUCCUUCAUCCCCCGAUGUUCCCGGUUUUCCUCAGCUGGACCACUUCAGUGAAGACACCAGUAUGAGUCCAGUACCAGACCAUGACCUUCCUGAAGAUGAAGAUGAUGAUGAUUGCUCCCAGUCGUGCUCCUUGUCCUACUCCACUUCUUGCUCUGAGUCACAUCCCACAACCUAUGCAGACUUUUACCCAGAGUCCCACCAAAAGUCAUACUCAGAGUCUCCACAUGACUCCCGCUCGCAGCCAAAGUCCCAUCCGAACUCUUUUCCCGAACCCCUUAAGACCACCUAUCCAGAGUCACACAGAGAACCUCGCUGGCAGCCCAGUCACAGGACGGAGCCUAACGAGUUCCAAAAGCCCCUUAGCAGCCAUCGAGCAGAGAAUUCGCCUCCUUCCCCCUCCAGGAGCUGCCAUAAUACCCAAAGGCCAGGCAGAGAUCUCAAGUCCCAUCACUCCCCUCUGGAUCGUUCUGUCGGCUGCCGGCUGCAUCACUAUGACGGUCAGUCUGAUAGUGAGGGUGGCUGCGCUGACCAGAGUCCCGUCCCCCGAAGCCGCAGACCACCUAGACCAGCAGACCCCCGGGCAAAGAGCCCCCCCUCUGGGCAGAGUAACUCCGGGGAGGCCCACGAGGACCGUAACCCUGAGGGUCUCGCAGGAGGGGAAAGUACAGUGAGCUCAGGAAACGUGAUCAGCUUAGCAAUCAAAGACAUCAAGGAGGCGAUUGAGGAGGUGAAGACCAAGACAGUGCGCUCCCCAUACACACCAGACCAUCCCGUGGAACCAAUAUGGGUAAUGAGACAGAUCGUCAGCCCCACGGAGGAUCCGUACCCACUGCCGACCACAGCGGAACAUCCUCCUCCACUUCCCCCUCAGCCGGCAUCCGACUCUCCUUCCCAUUUUGCCCCAGGUCCGGCUCCCGAGCCGGUCAGCCCUCCGAGAGCUGAGACAUCCAGAGUGCCUCAUCGGCAGCAUUAUCACCAACAGAAUAACCACCACCAUCACGGCCACCAGCCACAGCAGAGGGACAACCCGCGGCCACUGCAGACGCACGCUCAGCCACCUCAUCAGCAGCAACAGCGGCAGCAACAGAAGCCUCCGCCUCCACAGCAGAGGCCACAAGUUCAGCCGCAAUCACCUCCACAGCAGCCGUCAGUCCAGGAGAUUCAUAGAGCUCUUCCUCCCUUUCCCACAUUUGUAGACGUCCCAGGACCAUGUGACCCUGAAGAUCUUAUCGACGGCAUCAUCUUUGCUGCAACCUACCUGGGCUGCACCCACCUGCUGUCAGAGCGGACGCCUACGAAGAGCAGCCGCAUGCAGCAGGCGCAGGAGGCCAUGAACAGAGUCCGGGCUGCUCAGAAGCAGGCGAAGAACAGGAAAAAGAGUCCUGACAGCGAGGUUCCUUCUGCAGCUGAGGUCGAUCUGUUCAUGUCCACGCAGAGGAUCAAGGUCCUCAAUGCAGACACUCAGGACACUUUAAUGGACCUGCCACUGAGGACCAUUUCCUACAUAGCUGACAUUGGUAACAUGGUGGUCCUCAUGGCCCGGGGCAAGAUGGUCCGGUCCCGCAGUGCACAGGAAAACCUGGAUCACACAACAGAGCAAACCAGCAUGAGCCAUGACGACAGGCGGCUGUACAGGAUGAUCUGCCACGUCUUUGAGUCUGAAGAUGCUCAGCUGAUUGCUCAGUCUAUUGGUCAGUCCUUCAGUGUCGCCUACCAGGAGUUCCUCAGGGCCAACGGCAUUGAUCCCGAAGACCUGAGCCAGAGGGAGUACAGCGACCUCCUCAACACUCAGGACAUGUACAACGACGACCUCAUCCACUUUUCCAAGUCAGAGAACUGCAGAGAUGUUUACAUUGAGAAGCAGAAAGGGGAGAUCCUGGGUGUGGUGAUCGUGGAGUCCGGCUGGGGGUCUAUCCUCCCCACAGUCAUCAUAGCCAGCAUGAUGCAUGGUGGGCCAGCUGAAAAGUCUGGACGACUCAACAUUGGAGACCAAAUCAUGACAAUCAAUGGGACGAGUCUGGUGGGUUUACCACUCAGCACCUGCCAGAGCAUCAUCAAGGGUCUAAAGUCUCAGUCCAGGAUCAAGAUGAACAUCGUCAGGUGUCCUCCUGUGACCACAGUGCUCAUCCGUAGACCGGACCUCAGGUACCAGUUGGGCUUCAGCGUCCAGAACGGCAUUAUCUGCAGCCUGAUGAGGGGAGGUAUCGCUGAGAGAGGAGGCGUCCGUGUCGGCCACCGCAUCAUUGAGAUCAACGGCCAGAGUGUCGUGGCAACGCCUCAUGAGAAAAUUGUCCAGAUCCUGUCUAACGCCAUGGGAGAGAUCCACAUGAAGACGAUGCCAGCAGCCAUGUACCGUCUGCUGACAGCACAGGAGCAGCCUGUCUACAUCUGAACACGCAUCAGUCGCUCCAUCUUCACGGUGGUCCUCCCUUUUUGUAGUUGUUCUCUGUGUGUCCUGUUUGAUAUCACUUGACUUGCCUUAAUCUGUACAGUACUCUGUCAUGGAAAUGGGCACAUGACAGCAGGGGACAGAUUAGAGUGUUAACGUGAUGUGUUCUGUUCGGCCAAAGAGAAAUCCUUGAUUCUGUUAUGAGUUCUGUAUGUAGGAGGCAAAGAGUAAAUAUUAUCUUUGGUUAAAUAGCUGUAAUAUCUGAAUGUACUCUCAUCAUUCUGAACUGGAACGUUGUCAUGGCAACCCAGAUCACAGAGCAGCAGAAGUGGCGACUUUAGCGAGAACUGCAUGUACAAAUGUGCUGAAUAAACUAAAGACAAGACACUG